AUGCAGGGGACCAGAGCCACGCAGGGGGCCUGGCUGGCCCUGCUGGUGCUGACCCUAGCCACCUGCAGGGAGCUCGUGGUGGCUUUACGGUGCUUCACCUGUGGGGAACCCACGACAACGUCCAGCUGCACCACUGUCACCACCUGCCAUGCCAACGAAACCAUGUGCAAGACCACGCUCUACUCACGGGAGAUUGUGUUCCCCUUCCUGGGAGACUCCACGGUGACCAAGUCCUGCGCCAGCAAGUGUGAGCCUUCAGAUGUGGAUGGCAUUGGCCAAACCCGGCCUGUGUCCUGCUGCAACUCUGAGCUCUGCAACAUGGACGGAGCGCCCGCCCCCAGCCUGGCCCUGGCCCUGGCGCUGGCCCCACUGGUGCACCUGGUGCUCUAG